GGUAACGGUGAGCACACUGAAGAAAUGCGCGCCAAAUAAUCGGUUACGCUACAAAAGGCGCGUUUCGGCGAUUCGAACCUAAUCUCUUUUCUUUUUUUAAUAAUUUAUCUUUGGUAAUAUUCUCAUAAAAUGAUAAAAUAAAAGAAAAAUGUCUAUUUAUGGGGGUUGUACUGAGUGUCUUACUAAAUAAUCAUCUGAUCAUAAUAUAUUAAUAUCAUAUCCAGUGGGUGUUUGAUUUAAUUCUAUUAUAAUAACACAUUCAUAUGUGUGAUUAUAGAAUGAAAUUGAACCGAGUUACUUGUUCUGAAAAUGAGGAAAGGGGUUCCCUCCACAUCUUAUAUCCCAACCCAAUUCCUUCCUUCCCUCGUUUUCUCCUAUCUUUCUCUCUCCCGCUUUUUUCCUUUUUCAUUUUCUUUUAUUUUUUUAUAUUUCCCUCUCUUCCCUAAAACCAAUUACUAGCACAAGCAGAUCUCUCUCUUCCUCUCCCAAUUCCACGAUUCCGGAUCCCACUUUUCAAUUUUUCCUUCUUUUUCUAUUUUCCCGGUUUGUCAGAUGUCGAAUUCGCAACCUCCAAAUCCCCAGUCUGUCCAGAAUUCCUUAAAACGCCAACUCCCUUUCUCUUCUAUGAAGCCGCCUUUCUUGCCUCCCGGUGACUAUCACCGCUUCACCACUGACCCUCGCCGGCUCCCUCUUCCUCAAGUUGAAGCCAUCGUUGUUAAACCUCCUCCUUUUUGCUUGUUUAUUGAGGAAAUAUUGGCCAGCAGGGUCAGCUCUCAAAAGUCACACAAGAGAUACUCCGCAUAUUCCUCAGAAAGGCAAACUGUCAGAAGUUCAUCUGUUCAGAAGUUGUUGGUCGGGCUGACCUCUAUUUAUAAUAUCAUUCAAGGGGUUAUUACAAACUGGCAGCCACUGAAGCGGAAGAGUGAUGCAGCAGAUCAUGAACCUGCUGAGUCCAGUGCAUGGAAUACUGGUCCUGGAUACAUGGAAGUGGUUAACAGUCCUCUCCAGACACCUGUAUCUGGAAAAAGUGGAAAGGUUCCCAAAACAUCAAGGCUUUCGAAGAGCAAUAGAUCAGGAUCUCAGAAUGCCGGUUCAAAUAUCGGUGUGUUGCAUAGUUCUCCUGGAAAUAAUCUUACUCCUACUGGUCCCUGUCGUUAUGACAGCUCCUUGGGUCUUUUAACAAAAAAGUUCAUCAAUUUGAUCAAACAUGCCGAAGAUGGAAUUCUUGAUCUUAACAAAGCUGCUGACACAUUAGAGGUGCAAAAGCGGCGGAUAUAUGAUAUAACAAAUGUUCUAGAAGGAAUUGGUCUCAUCGAGAAGAAGCUUAAGAACAGAAUUCAGUGGAAGGGACUUGAUGUCUCACGACCAGGGGAAGCAGAUGAAAGUGUCGCUAGUUUGCAGGCAGAAGUUGAAAACCUUAACAUUGAUGAACGCAGAUUAGAUGAACAAAUAAGAGAAAUGCAAGAAAGAUUGAGGGACCUUAGUGAAGAUGAAAAUAAUCAGAAGUGGCUUUUUGUCACUGAGGAAGACAUCAAGAGCUUACCAUGCUUCCAGAAUGAAACCUUAAUAGCAAUUAAAGCUCCACAUGGAACCACUCUGGAAGUCCCAGAUCCGGAUGAGCAGGCUGUUGACUAUCCCCAGAGGAGAUACAGGAUAGUUCUCAGAAGUACAAUGGGUCCGAUAGAUGUUUAUCUUGUCAGUCAAUUUGAGGAGAAGUUCGAGGAGAUUCAUGGUGCUGAACCUCCUCCAACUUAUCCAUCAAGUUCAAGUUUUAAUGAAAAUCCAGCACCUACAGUGGUUCCAGAGGAUGGUAGAGGAAAGGAGAUUGAAAUGCAGGGAGAUGAUGCUCAGAGAAUGUGCUCAGAACUUAGCACAUCACAGGACUUUGUGAGUGGGAUCAUGAAGAUUGUUCCCUCAGAUGUAGAUAGCGGCGCAGACUACUGGCUUUUAUCAGAUGCUGGUGUUAGUAUAACAGACAUGUGGCGUACUGAACCUGGAGUAGAGUGGAACGAAUUCGAUACACUCCAUGAUGACUAUGGCAUAGCAAAUGCAAGCACACCCAGACCUCAAACUCCACCAUCUAAUGCAACAGAAGUUCCUUCUAAUGCUAACACUGCUGCAGGAUGAAAUGAAGAUGUUGCUAAAUGGAGAAAGAUAGAGGGGCUUGAUUUUGGUUGAGAGCCUAUUAUAUCGAUGGCUCCAUGCAUCUCCCUUAAGCAUUGCGAGUAAACUGUAGUUGGACCGAUGGUUUCUGGGAGUUAUCAUAAUGAUCCUUGAAGUCCCGAGGGCCAGAGAAAAGGAAGUAGCUCGUGCAUUGUACAGUUCCAGUAAAACACACAAUCCAUGUAUUCCCAGGAAAAAUAAGGUCACUAGUGUAUUUUUGAGUUUAGCAUUGCAUAUUACUUGUAUAUUGUUCCAAUUUCAGCAUUGUUACAUUCAGCACAUGUGAUUAGGCAUUUAGGUUGUAUAAGAUAUGACGUGAUGACAAGCAAUAGCUAGUUUGCUUAGAGCUGGAGGAGUUAUGAUCUAAAGCAUUGUUUUAUUAUUUUUUA